AUGGGAAUCAGCCGUAGGUGUACACAUAUCUCCUCCCUCUUGACCAUCCCUCCUACCUCCCACCCAACCCAACCCCCCAAGGCCUCAACGGGGCCCGGGCCGAACAAGCAACAACCUCCCAACGGGAUGGCCCUAGUCUGCAUUUCUGUUACUCUGAAUAGUCCUCCAGAUUGUGGCAAGAUUUGUAACACUGAAUUACAAUGCAAUUUGGUAUCCGAUGACUACACACUGCAUGGUCCAAUUUUCAUUCAAGAACCAAGUCAUGUAAUGUUCCCUUUAGACUCUGAGGAGAAAAAAGUGAAGCUCACUUGUGAAGUUAAAGGGAAUCCGAAACCUCACAUCAGGUGGAAGUUAAACGGAACAGAUGUUGACAUUGGUAUGGAUUUCCGCUACAGUGUUGUUGAAGGCAGCUUGUUGAUCAAUAACCCCAAUAAAACCCAAGAUGCUGGAAUGUACCAGUGCAUAGCAACAAACUCGUUUGGAACAAUUGUUAGCAGAGAAGCAAAGCUUCAGUUUGCUUAUCUUGAAAACUUUAAGCCAAGAACAAGAAGCACUGUGUCUGUCCGCCAGGGUCAGGGGAUGGUCCUGCUCUGCGGCCCACCAGCCCAUUCUGGAG